AUGUCUUAUAUCCAUGCGCUUAGACAACUUCGAUUGAAACCCAACCAAGCCAUCUUAUUGGGUAUACUCCUUUUCACUUUUCUCAAUGUCUACUUUGCAUUGAAAUCACCCACAUAUCAUGAACUGGACUUUUCAAACUCCAUCUCGGGGGGAGGAAACAGUUUUCUUAAGAAACUUCAGAUUUUUACACCCUCGUCCCUGCCGAAAAACGCCGACCACGCGUUUGUUGGAUACCACCACGACGAUGAUACCAACCUUGUGGUUUUACAAAAAUACUUUUUAAAUGAAGAUAUGGCCGAAGACAAAGUACACCACCUCUGGAACUUUUUAAACUCCGACUUGAAGGCAGACAAGGACUCGAUGGAUUUGAAAAUCGUUAACGGCUACGACUACAAAGAGUACUUGAAGUCAUUAACCGAAGGACUCAAAAUUGACUUCAACCACACAUUUGUCGAUCAUUACAAAACAGAAAUGAAAUUCACAGCUACGUUUCGAAAGUUCUUUGAAGAUUUACAAACUCUACUCGAGGAUUGUAACCCCGGUAUCAGCGCUAUAAAUAAUGACGCACACUACCCUAAUGGCGAUAAGAUUUUAAAAAAAUACGCAGAGAAGAAAAGAAAAAGCGAAGAAGAGAUGAAAACUGUUAAUAUUCCUAGAACCGUGCAUAAUAAAGGAAGAUUGCCAAUAUAUGGAGGUCACUUGCGUGAAGGAUACCGUGACGAGAUGGUGAGAACCCAGGAUAUGCUCUCCAUGUAUCUCACUUUGGAACAAAAUGAAAUUGACGCACUAAAAGAAUCCCAUAGCAAAUUCAUAAAGAAAAUGGAUAAGGAUUGGCCCAAGGAAUUACUCGACUACAAUACCUUUAACGAUUUUAUGAAGGGAGAUGGAAUAGUUUACUUGGGAGGUGGCAAAUACGACCAAUUGGUUUUUCUCUCGGUCAAAUUGUUGAGAGAUCACGGAUCAAGACUACCAGUCGAAGUCAUUGUCCUCAAGAAGGAAGAAUACAAUGUUGAUUUUUGUGACCGAAUCUUACCCACAUUAAACGGUAGGUGUAAACUAAUGACUGAUUACAUUCCACAGUCAUUCUUUGACACGAUUUUAGAAAACGCCAAGAAAUUAAGUGAAGGCAGAAGCGAUGAGGAUCCGCAUAUGGAUCCAAUGAUGGCUUUGGGUUAUCAAUUGAAAAAUAUGGCCAUCUUUAUCUCCUCGUUUGAAAGGAUCUUGUAUCUUGAUGCCGACAACUUACCCAUUAGAAACCCAGACAUUUUGUUUCAAAACAAGCCAUUUACUGAUCACCAUAUGAUUUUGUGGCCAGAUUUAUGGAGAAGAUCGACAUCUCCCACUUUUUACGAAAUCACUGGCCAAUCUAUCGACCCAAAGCACCGCGUAAGAAACUCGUACGCUAAAGGUGAUGGAAGAGGUAUGAGCAAUGACUAUAAGGAAUACUCAUUUCACGAUACAAAGGGCACCAUACCAGAGGCGAGCUCGGAGACUGGUCAAUUUAUGUUGAACAAAAGAGUGCAUUUCAAGACUCUUAUGUUAUCAAUGUACUACAACUACUAUGGUCCUUUAUUCUACUACCCCUUGUUGAGUCAAGGUGCUGCGGGCGAAGGUGACAAGGAGACAUUUAUUGCAGCAGCUCACAGAUUGGGUUUACCUUACUACCAAGUCACCGAGUUCAAUAGAGAAUUUGGACCAAUUGACAAAAAUUCCAAGAAACACGAGUUUUACGGUAUGGGACAGUAUAAUCCUAUUGUUGACUAUCUUCAAAAACACCCCAACGACCCGGAUUAUCCAAACCAAUCAGUACGCUCAAAGAAAAUUAAAGCGCUUUCUGAUAGUCACUAUGUGGCCACGCCGCCUGACUCAUUAGCACAACACGAUGAGGAUAAGACCGUUUACAACUAUGACUAUCACUACUUCAAGUCGUCUUCAUUAUUCUUCCUCCAUGCCAACUGGCCAAAAUUAUACAUUGAAUCACUUUUCCUAACAGAUGAAAGGGGCCCCGUUGACCCAGUGACAAAAUUGAGGAGAAGACUAUAUGGAGUAGAAUUUAAAAACGAGCUUGGUGGUGACUACGAUUUUGAGUUGAAAAUCAUGGAGCAAAUAUGGUGGUGUUUUUGUGACGAGCCGAUGGUUGACUUUUCCGGAAUUCCAGCGCCUAAAACUGAAACUAGGGAAAAGAUCUGUCGUGCUGUUGAUAUGCAACGUAAGUUUUUACAAAAUGGCUGA